AAAAUAUUUCCAUUAGAAGAGCUUCAAACUCAAAGCUCAGCCACCAUUCACCACCUCAAGCGCCGCCGCAAAUCCCUCCAUUAAAAACCCAGAAAGCAUUCAACCAUACAUACAUGGCUGGCAUUAAUAUAAUGUAGAGCAGCAGCAUGGACUUCAAAAAAGACUGUCAUCUUGUUUCAAAUCAGCACCGCGCCACCACUAGCAUCACCACCAGCACCAAUCACCACCAGCUUUGAUGCCAUUAAUAUAUUCUGGUAACUUCCUAUCACAGCAAAUUGUAAGGAUUUUAAUGAGACUUAAUUGGAGAUUUCUUGAGUGUAAAUCACAUGCAAGGUUCCAAUUCAACUCUUUAGUGUAAAACUGAAGCAUCCUCUCACAUGCAUUUUGUCUCCUAAAUUUCUCACUCUAUCUCCAUUGUCAAACCUCACUUCCAUUUUAUCAUCAAGCUUGUUUCUUUUUUGUCUACCAAAUCAGCACCCAAUACACCCAGAUGGCAAAACUUAAAAACCAGUCAUUUGUCUUGUUCUCUUUGAUUUUGAUUUUGUCAACAAUGGAAAGAACCUUAAUUUCUGUAACCUCUCUCUCUCCUGAUGGGCAAGCACUUCUCUCUCUACUAUCAGCAGCUGACCCAUCAUCAUCUUCACUACUGUCUUCGUGGAACCCAUCAUCCCAAACUCCAUGUUCAUGGCAAGGCAUUACUUGUUCUCCACAAAGCAGAGUUAUUUCCCUCUCUUUGCCUAAUACAUUUCUCAAUCUAUCCUCUUUACCAUCACAGAUUUCUUCUCUUACUUCUUUACAGCUUCUCAAUCUCUCAUCAACUAAUAUUUCUGGUUCAAUCCCUUCUUCUUUUGGCCUACUUACUCAUCUCAGGCUUUUGGACCUUUCCUCCAACUCUCUUUCUGGUUCUAUACCUCAAGAGCUCGGUCUUCUUUCUUCACUUCAGUUUCUUUACUUGAACUCUAAUAAAUUAUCUGGUCAAAUACCUUCUCAGCUUGCAAACCUUAGUUCUUUACAAGUUUUUUGUCUGCAAGACAAUCUUAUCAAUGGCUCAAUACCAUCUCAGUUAGGUUCUUUAAUCUCCCUUCAACAAUUUAGAAUUGGUGGCAAUCCUUAUCUAACAGGAGAGAUACCUCCUGAAUUAGGGCUGUUAACUAAUCUGACAACUUUUGGUGCUGCUGCAACUGGGCUUUCAGGUGUUUUACCACCUACAUUUGGGAACUUAAUCAAUCUUCAGACUUUAGCUUUAUAUGAUACAGAGGUAUUUGGUUCUAUACCGCCUGAGCUCGGUUCGUGCUCUGAAUUAAGUAAUUUGUAUUUGCAUAUGAAUAAGCUUUCGGGCACGAUACCUCCUCAGUUGGGUAAGUUGCAGAAACUUACUAGCUUGCUUAUAUGGGGCAAUGCACUCUCUGGAACUAUCCCAGCUGAGCUUUCAAAUUGUUCAUCGCUUGUUGUUCUUGAUGCUUCUGCUAAUGAUCUUUCUGGUGAAAUUCCUGGUGAUUUAGGGAAGUUAGUGGUUCUUGAGCAGCUUCAUUUGUCUGAUAAUUCAUUAACUGGUUUGAUUCCUGAGCAGUUGAGUAAUUGUACAAGUCUAACUGCUCUGCAGCUUGAUAAGAACCAAUUAUCUGGUGCAAUUCCAUGGCAGAUUGGGAGCUUGAAGGUUCUGCAAAGUUUUUUCUUGUGGGGUAAUUCGGUGUCCGGUACUAUACCAGCGUCUUUCGGUAACUGUACGGAGCUUUAUUCACUUGAUCUUUCUAGAAACAAGCUGACAGGGUCAAUCCCGGAUGAGAUUUUUGGUUUGAAGAAACUAAGCAAGCUUCUGCUUCUAGGUAAUUCAUUAUCAGGAGAGUUACCUCGAAGUGUUGCAAACUGUCAAUCUUUGGUGAGACUGAGGCUCGGAGAAAACCAACUUUCGGGUCAGAUUCCAAAGGAGAUAGGGCAGUUGCAGAAUUUGGUGUUUCUUGAUUUAUACAUGAAUCAUUUCUCUGGUGCACUUCCUACUGAGAUUGCCAACGUUACGGUUCUUGAAUUGCUUGAUGUUCAUAACAACCACUUUACUGGUGAAAUACCAUCUCAACUAGGGGAGCUGGUGAAUCUUGAGCAGCUUGAUCUUAGCAGAAAUAGUUUCACAGGCGAAAUUCCGUGGAGUUUCGGAAACUUCAGUUACUUGAAUAAGCUGAUUCUUAACAACAAUCUGUUAUCAGGGUCAAUCCCAAAAGCCAUUCAGAACUUGCAGAAGCUAACACUUCUUGAUUUGAGUUACAACAGUCUUUCUGGUCCGAUCCCACCUGAAAUCGGUUAUGUGACUAGCUUAACCAUCAGUUUAGACUUGAGCUCGAAUUCAUUUACCGGAGAGCUCCCUUCGACAAUGUCCAGUUUGUCUCAAUUACAAUCACUUGAUGUUUCCCAUAAUUUGCUUCAUGGAAACAUUAAGGUUCUCGGUUCGCUUACUAGCCUCACUUCCCUUAAUGUUUCCUGCAACAACUUUACAGGGCCGAUUCCGGUAACACCAUUCUUCAGAACUCUCUCUUCUAAUUCAUACCUUCAAAAUCCAAGUCUUUGUGAAUCUACAGAUGGUUCUAGUUGUUCAUCGAAACUUAUCCGAAGAAAUGGAUUGAAAUCUGCAAAAACUGCAGCAUUGAUUUCAGUGAUUCUUGCUUCAGUAACCAUAUUAGUUAUUGCUUCAUGGAUUUUAGUCGCUAGGAACCAUAGGUAUAUGAUUGACAAGUCUUCAGGAGCUUCAGAAUUAUCGCCGGGGGCUGAAGAUUUUUCUUAUCCAUGGACUUUUAUCCCAUUUCAGAAACUCCACUUCACCAUCGAUAACAUCUUGGAUUGUCUGAGAGAUGAAAAUGUGAUAGGAAAAGGUUGUUCUGGCAUCGUCUACAAGGCCGAAACGCCUAACGGGGACUUAAUCGCAGUUAAAAAGCUUUGGAAAACAAAACAAGAAGAUCCAAUAGAUUCUUUUGCAGCAGAAAUUCAAAUUCUUGGACACAUUCGACACCGGAAUAUCUUAAAGCUCUUAGGUUAUUGCUCCAACAAGAGUGUCAAGCUCCUUCUCUACAACUACAUCCCAAAUGGUAAUCUGCAACAACUUUUGCAAGGGAAUCGAAACUUAGAUUGGGAAAAAAGGUAUAAAAUUGCAGUAGGAUCAGCUCAAGGUCUGGCAUAUCUGCAUCAUGAUUGUGUGCCAGCAAUUCUUCACAGAGAUGUUAAAUGCAACAAUAUCCUGUUAGAUUCCAAGUUCGAGGCUUAUUUAGCAGAUUUUGGCCUUGCUAAGUUAAUGAACUCUCCGAAUUAUCAUCAAGCUAUAUCCCGGGUAGCUGGAUCUUAUGGAUAUAUCGCCCCAGAGUAUGGAUACACAAUGAACAUAACAGAAAAGAGUGAUGUUUAUAGCUACGGAGUGGUGUUGCUAGAGAUACUAAGCGGCCGCAGUGCCGUUGAACCUCAAGUUGGAGAUGGACUACACAUAGUUGAAUGGGUGAAGAAAAAGAUGGGAAGUUUCGAACCUGCCAUUUCGAUACUAGAUGCUAAGCUGCAAGGUUUACCGGAUCAAAUGGUGCAAGAAAUGCUUCAAACACUAGGAAUUGCUAUGUUUUGUGUGAACUAUUCGCCGGCCGAGCGGCCGACCAUGAAGGAAGUGGUGGCAUUGUUGAUGGAAGUGAAGAGUCCACCUGAGGAAUGGGGAAAAACAUCUCAACCUCUAAUAAAACAGUCAGCAAAUCAAAGUUAAUAAGUUUUUUUUUUUUGUUAUGUGAUUUAUUUCAUUCCAAGAACAUCAAUGAUUGAUAAUGAGAAGCUUUAGGUCUCAUUGACAUUGGAUUAGGGAUCUUGGGUUUUCUUGUACAGCUUUUAGAAACGUCAGUGUGGUUGAAUUGCUUCA